AUGGCACAGACUAUCGUUCUUAUUUCAGGUGCGAACCGGGGUCUAGGCGAGGGCCUGGCCAAGCGUUACUUGGCACAGCCGAACCACGUCGUAAUCGCCGCUAAUCGGAACCCGAGGCAUCCGACGUCGAAAGCGCUCGCCGAUCUGCCUAAGGGGGAGGGGAGUAACUUAAUCGUUGUUAAACUUGACGCUACGGUCGAGCAGGAUGCUUUUGACGCCGUCAAGGCUCUCCAGGAGUCGCACGGGAUCGAUCACCUUGAUAUUGUUAUCGCUAACGCCGGCGUCUCGUUCGUCUGGCCGGCUGUCAAAGACGUCAAGAUUGACGAUCUCCGAGCACAUAUCGAACCUAACGUUUAUGGCGUUGUAACUCUGUACCAGGCCACGCGCCCGCUACUGCAGAAGUCCUCCCGCGAGCCCAUCUUUACACCCAUCGGGUCCUCGGCUGGAUUUAUAGGGAAACAACCUCCCAUCACUAACGCGGCAUACGGACCAUCGAAAGCAGCGCUACACUGGUUCACCGUCCGAAUCAAUGCCGAGGACAACUGGCUCAACGCCUUCGUUACGGGCCCCGGCUGGGUCCAGACCGAACUCGGGAAUGCGGGCGCGCGCGGCCUAGGGGUUGGGCAAGCCCCGCUAGGGGUCGACGAGUCAUGCGACGGUAUGAUGCAUAUGCUCGCAGUAUCCACGAAAGCAGAGCAUGGCGGGAAGAUGGUGUCGUAUAACGGGGAAGUCACCUCGGAAUGGUAA